AUGUUCAAAAAUAAUAUAACGCUCGGAAACAAAAACUUCCUUGGUAACAAAGAUAGGAAAAAGCUAGCUAUAAAUAUAAAGAACACAUUUAACAUUGAAAAAGAUGAAAUAGUAGAUGAAAUUUUGGACAAAGAGGACACAAGUGUCUGCAAAGUACAGAAGAGUAAAAUAAUUGUAUAUAUAUCCAAAAACAUUCCAGUAUUAUUUUGUGAGAAUAAUGUUAUAUUUCCAACUGUUUAUACACUCUGGAAAUUUCCACAAAUAAUACCUUGCUUUGUCAUAUAUCCACCAGCAUCCGAAUUUUUAUUAAGAGGAGCUGAUUUAAUGAUACCUGGUAUAUGCAAAGAUGUUGAUGAUUUAGAAAAACUUAAAGUUGGGAAUGUAUGGGGCGUAAGAGUUUUUAACAAUCCGCAUAUUUUUGCUGUUGGACAAUGUUGUAUUGAUUAUAACAAUAAUAAAAAAUUUUAUAAUUUAAAAGGAAAAUGCUUAAAACUAGCACAUAUAUAUAAUGACAAAUUGUGGAAUAUAGGUCCACAAAGUAUACCUCAUAGCAGUUUUAAAAAUAAAAUAAUUGACUCCAUUGAAGAGUUGGUAGACAACCUGGACGAUUUUAAAAUAUAUAAUGAAAAUAAAGGAGGGAAAAAAAAUACUUCCCGUAGUAGUGAUGAAGCGGAAGGAGUAGAAGAAGGGGAAGGGAUAGAAGUAGAGGAGGAUGUAGAAGAGCAAAAAACAAAAAAAAAAAAAAAAAAAGUCGAUUUUGGCUUUUUCAGUGACGAGGAUGAUGAAGAGGUAGGGAAUGAUCUUUCUCUCACAUAUAAUGAUAAAAAUAAUAUAAAUGGAAAAAAAGAAAACGAAACAAAAUUAAAAAGUAUGCCAAAUGAAAAGCAUUUAGUAAAUUUUUAUAAACAUUUCAAUACAAUAAUGAAGAAAAGGAAUCAAAUAAAAAAUGGAUCAUCUGAGUUAAAAUGUAGCAACGCUAGUACUAGUACCAUUGAUGAUAGUAGUGCAUGGAAUAAGAGCAAAAUAAACGAAGGAGUAUCAAAAAAUAAAGACACAACUGAUCGCCUAUCGGAUGAUUAUCAGAGUAAGAAAAAAGAGUGCAAUGUCGAUUUGGAUGCUAUGGAAAAAGUUUUAGGUUUGAAUGAUUCUGAUAAUGCGAACAAAGAAAACUCGGUUAAACGAAAUGGAAACAAUAGUCACCUACCAGUUCAGCAGAAAAAGGAUAACACAAAAAAUAGUUUGACAACCAUGGACAUUAAUGAGUUCGACCAAGUGUAUGAUAAUGAGCAGGAGAUGUUUUCAGAAAUGGAAAGCUCGAGAAAACCAAGUGGUAGUUUGGCAUACGAGCAACGCGACGAUAUGGACACAGUUAUUAUAAAUGAAGAACAAAGAGUGGAAAAUGUUCGAAAAAAAAAGGAAGCUGAAAGGGGCGAUAUAAUUGAUGAAAAGAAUAUACUUAACGGAUCAAGUAAUACAAAGGAGGAGGAAGUAAAACACAUGGGUGAUAAUAUAAGUAAUAAAAAUGGAACAACAAUUUUUGAACUGAACAAUGAACAACAAGAUGUGCUUCUAUUAUAUUCUCUUUUGGAAGCUUUACAUUCAAUUAGCGAUGAAAGCUUGCCCCUCGAAGUUUCUGGUAUAUACAGCAGGAUGACUAGAGAAAUCAUGUACAUUCUCAGAAACGAUACUGUGCUAGGGGAGUUACAAAAAUGCAAUGUACCUAAUGAAAUAAUAAAUAAAAUAAGAAAAAAAGAAAUAAACUUAGAAGUAGAUGUAAAGAAAUCAAGUCAUAAAAAGCUAAUUAAAUUUAUUCAGUAUUGCUCUAAAACUAAAUUGAUAAAAAUUAAAGAAAAUAGAAAUGUUGUAUCGAUAGUAGAAAUAUGUAAAAGAAAUCCAUUAUAUGCAUCGUACAAAUGUAUGUCGUUGAGUGAUAAAAAAAAAUAUGCAAGUGAGGGGCAAAGUAAGAGUGAAAAUCAGGAUCCAAAUGAUAGUCAAGUUCAGGGGCAGAAUAGCAAAACGGAUACAAAUACACCAGUUAAUAACAAAUGCGCGCAAAUACUAGAAUACUAUAUGCCCUCGUCCAAAACGUUGAACAUAUUCAAAUGUGUAGAUAGUAAGACAGAAAAGAACUCAUAUUUUAAUAUUAGUCAAUUAAGAGAUGUAUUUAAAUCAUAUAUAAAAUUACAAAAUUUACAGAAGGAUGAUGAUAUGUCUUUUAUAAAAAUAAAUGAACAGUUACAAUCUUUUUUAUGUGUCGAAAAUAUUUCAAAUAAUAUAUUACCAUAUGAUGUUAUUAUGAACCAAUUCAUUUCUGCUCAACAGCCAUGUUAUGCUGUAAUUAAACCAUAUACUAAUUUUGAUGCUGAUUCUGUUAAUAUAAUAAAAGGAGUUUGUCCCUCCAUUCACAUUUAUGCAGUUGCAAGAAUGAAAGGUAAAAAAUAUGUAACCCAUAUAACCAAUUUAUAUUUAUUCCAUUUAGAUCUUACUAAAUUUUCUGAUCAAGUACAGAAACAGUUAGCCUGUUCAUGCUCUACAGUUAUCUCCCCCUCAACAAAAAAAGAAGAAAUUCUAGUUCAAGGGAACGUAGUCAAUCAGAUAUACAACAUUUUGAUUAGCAACUACAGUUUUCCCAAGAAGUACAUAGUGCUUAACGCAAAAUAG